GGUACGCCAUCCAAUCCGCUUCCUCUCUCACUCAGCCUGCAAUGGAAGCUAAGAAAUGCGGGACCAUAGUCCUCUUCCCUUUCAUGGCCCAAGGCCAUCUCAACCCAUUCAUCGACCUUGCUCGCAUCCUAGCCUUUCGCUUCCCUGACCUUAUCAUCACUAUCGUGAGCACCCCUGGCAACGUUCUUAACCUACGCCCCCUCUUCCGAUCCACACCAUCCAUCCGUCUCGCCCAACUCCCCUUCCAUAGCUCUGACCAUGGCCUCCCCGUCAACAUCGAGCACACGCGCGCUCUCUCACGUGCAGCCAUCUCCCAGCUCUACCACGCUUCCCAAGCCCUCCAACCCGCUUUCCACCGUCUGAUCUCGUCCAUCAUCUCUCACCCAGAUGGCCCACCCCUCCUCUCCAUCGUCUCCGACAUGUUCCUCGCCUGGACGGUCGAAGUCGCAAAUGCUUUCAACGUCUUCCACACCGUCCUUUACACCUCCGGACCAUACGCCAUGUCCAUCUACAACUCCAUCUGGACCCACCUCCCCCACACGCUAACGUGCGCCGACGAGAUUAAGUUACCUGAUCUCCCCCACAUCACCAUCCACCGCUCACAGCUGUCGGAGAACAUGAAGGUGGCAACCAGAGAGUCGUCGGCGUUCGUGCGCCAGCAGGCCGAGUACUGCCGCCGGGCGGACGGCGGCCUCUGGAAUACCGUCGACGUGAUCGAGAGAUUGAGCCUCGAUGACUGGUCAAGAUCGACGGGGAAGCCCGUGUGGGCGAUCGGUCCGCUGGCGAUGAUUGCGCCGAAAGACGGCGAGAGCGAUCGCCGCGGCGGGUGGGAGCCCGGGGUGCCGCCGCUAACCUGCGCCGGGUGGCUUAGCUUACACCCGCCCGGCUCCGUCGUCUACGUGUCGUUUGGGUCGCAGAACAGCAUCGGGCGGCCGCAGAUGAUGGAGCUGGCGAAGGGAUUGGAAUCGAGCGGGGUGGCGUUCAUCUGGGCCGUCCGUCCUCCGAUCGGAUUCGACGCGGACGGGGACUUCGACGACGAGUGGCUGCCAGAAGGGUUCGAAGAUCGGAUGAGGGAGCGGAAGCAGGGGCUCCUUAUCAGGAAGUGGGCCCCGCAGAUGGAAAUUCUGGGACAUCCAUCGAUGGGAGCGUUCAUCAGUCACUGCGGGUGGAAUUCGAUGCUGGAGAGCUUGAGCUACGGAGUGCCGGUGAUCGGGUGGCCGUUGGGAUCGGAGCAGUUCUACAAUUCAAAGCUGCUGGCGGAGUUGGGAGUGUGCGAGGAAAUGGCGAGAGGAACGGAGGAGAUGGUGAGAGGGGAGAAUAUAGAGAGAGUGGUGAGGGAGGUUUUGGAAGGAGAGAAAGGGAGGGAGCUUAGGAAGAGAGCUGAGAGGCUGAGAGAAGCGAUGAAGAGGGCCGUUAUUGAGAUGAAUGGUGUAAAGGGAUCAUCUCUGGUGGCUUUGGAUGAGUUUGUAGAGAUACUGAAAUCGAGGACUGUGAUAGCCAAGGUUUGAAGCAUCGUCCCACGGACGCCGAAUCGGUGGAUCCGGGGAAUCACCCACGUCGCGCCGAUCGAU